AUGUCUAUUAAUAUUUGCAGGGACAACAAUGAUCCGUUCUACCGUUAUAAGAUGCCUCCUAUCCAGGCUAAGAUCGAAGGUAGAGGUAAUGGUAUCAAGACAGUGGUUAUGAACACUAUGGAUGUUGCCCGUGCAUUGAACAGACCAGCUCCAUACAUUAUCAAGUACUUUGGUUUUGAAUUAGGUGCUCAAACCGCUAUCAAUGUGGAAAACGACCGUUACAUCGUUAACGGUGCUCACCAACCAGCCAAGUUGCAGGAUGUGUUGGACGGUUUCAUCAACAAGUUUGUUCUUUGUGGAUCAUGUAAGAAUCCAGAAACCGAGAUUGUGAUCACCAAGGACAACGACUUGGUUAGAGACUGUAAGGCUUGUGGUAAGAGAACCCCAAUGGACUUGAGACACAAGUUGUCUUCUUUCAUCUUGAAGAACCCACCAGACAGUAUGAACGGUUCCAAGAAGAAGAAGAAGGCUGCCACCGCGUCUGCUAACGUCAGAGGUGGUGGUUUGUCCAUUAGUGAUAUUGCACAAGGUAAGUCCCAAGCAGAAGCCGGUGGGGAAGAUGGCGAAGAAAACGAUUCCGACGACGACGAAUUGGCCAGACAAAUCAAUGCUGCUGCUUCAAACCUAGCCACUAUUGAGGUCAAGGACGAGGACUGGGCCGUUGAUAUGUCUGAAGAAGCCAUUAGAGCCCGUGCCAAGGAAUUACACGGUGAAGCAGCCAAGGAAACCACCGAAUUCACCAAACUAGAAGAAUUCGGUGAAUGGGUACUACAAUCCGAAGAGCUACCAACCGAUGUGGAACUAUACAAGAAGAUUGCCGAAUUGGAACUUCUGGACGACCCUAAGGUCGCCGCCGUUUUGGCUCAAGUCUUAUUCGAUGAAGAUAUUGUAUCGGACAUAUCUGAGCACACCGCUUUCUUACAAAAACUAUUGAAGGACGAGGACUUCGAAAAGAACUUCUUGGGUGGUAUCGAAAGAUUCUUGGGUCUAGAUCACCCUGAUUUGAUCCCAUUAUUGCCAAAGAUCUUGGUCCAACUAUACAACAACGAUAUCAUCUCUGAAGAAGAAAUCAUGAACUUCGGUACUAAGUGUUCAAAGAAGUUUGUUCCUAAGGAUGUCUCCAAGAAGGUCCGUAGAGCCGCUAAGCCUUUCAUCACCUGGUUGAAGACCGCUGAUGAAGACGAUGACGACGAAGACUCUGAAUAA